AUGCCACCCAAAGGUUCAACACAAAAGUCGCUCUCGUUCCGGGCACAGUCGAAGCCCAAAUCCUCCUUCUCAACCUUUGCUAAAGACCAGCUCAAAGCGAAAUCAAAUCUUAGGACCAACGCUCCUACCAAACCGCUCACAUCGUCUUUCCGCAGGCCCUCUCCAACUACCCCGACACACGAGGAUGAGUCUGAUUCGAAACGGGAGGAUCUCGACGUAGAUGACCCACGAUGGGACCGAGUAUGGCGAAAGACAAAGAAGACGAUGAACGUACCACCAUCCAAGUCUGUACACAUCGACCACGAGGACCGUAUCCAGCAGAUUUUGAGGGUUUUUGAUCUGGAUUCCAACUUCGGACCCUACAUGGGCAUGUCGAGGCUCGAAAGGUGGCAAAGGGCGAAGCAUCUGGAGCUUGACCCACCACAAGAGAUUCACGAGAUCUUGACAACAAAGCAGGGCGUCAAGGAGCACAAGGAGAAUGUUUUCGCCGCUCAUGGUCUUUGA